UAUCAGUAGAAGCAAGGAGUCCUUUAGUAAGAAAAAUCCGGCUUCCGGCUGCCAUAGUACCUUGAUUACCAUAUAUGGACUGCUUUGAAACUUGCCAAUCACGUUGUGCUGAGUUUGAAAUUUCCCUAACCCCUUAAAUUUUGCCCCAUACCCUGGCUCGGAAAGACAGAUUUGAGGCCUGCUUCCUGUCUCCUUGCCGGUGACCUCGCGAUAAAGUCCUUUGUUUUCUCAAAACCUGAUGCCCUGGAAUUGGCUUCUUUGCGCACCAAGCAGCGAGCCCUGGCUAGGUAACACUUUCUGGCCAUCUCCAAGGGAUUAAAAUCUUGUGACCACCUGUCCGAGGCACUGUAGCCCCCGGCUGAGUGUAGGCCCUCUCCAAGGAGCCUGAGUAGUCACCUAGACCGAAUUUGUCUGAAGGCUGGUUGCUGGUUCCUGGUUCCUGCUUCCUGCGGCAGUGGCGCUCCAGGCUCCUCGACGCUACUUUCACUUUUAGGAAAAGAAACAGCUCCUGGAUCUUUUGCGUGAGUAACCUCGUUAAAACGCGCUGCCUAAACUGUGUAAUAACUUCAUCAAGAUCCCCACCCUAAGGGAGACAGUAUAAAAAGGUUACAGCCGGCUGAAGUUCUCAAAAUAUCGGGAUAGAGCCCCAGGCCUUUGGAUUUUUUUGUCUAUGUCUGACUGUUUUAUUUGUAAGGAAUUGGCUAAUAGGGGUUAACCAUUGGAUGACUGCAGCAGAACUUUAUUGACUCUGUUUUACAUCAUUUUGCUCUGGUCAUCCUGAGGAAGAAAACCCUUCCAAAAUGGGGAAUGGUAAGAGCAUACCUGACAGCAGUCCCUUGGGAAGUAUUCUUCAAGAUUGGUCAAUGUUUAGCUCUGAGCCUAUGAAAAAGAAGAAAAUGAUUCUCUUUUGUAACACUGACUGGCCCAGAUAUCAACUGGAGUCGGGGGAAAAAUGGCCCAAGAAUGGGUCUUUGAACUAUGAUACUAUUUUACAAUUAGACUCGUUUUGUAAGAAAAAUAAAAAAUGGGAUGAAAUCCCAUAUGUACAAUCAUUUAUGUCUUUACAUAAGAGGAGAAAUUUGCCUAAGGGAUUUAAAAUGAUGGUUCAGAGGGAAGAACUUCAGGAAAAGUGUGUUUUACCUGUGUCUGAGCCUAAUGAUGAACUAGCCCCGCCGUCAGCACCUCUUGCAGGGGUCCCUCUGCUGGCACCUCCUGCGGUGGCCCCUCCGUCGUCACCUCCUGCGGUGGCCCCUCCGUCAGCACCUCCUGCGGUAGUCCCUCCGUCAGCACCUCUUGCGGUUCCCUCAACUUCUGAAGGGGAUCUUCCUGCAGGCAGUGAUGAGGCUCCUGCCAAUCCUAGGGCUGCUGGUCCCACUCUCUAUUCGCCCUUACCAAAUGGUCACAAAGGAAUAGUCUCCCUUCCCUGCACCCAUCAGGGUACUCAGUUUGGCCCAGGGAACACUCUACCCCAGGCAGGGCAACUUCAGUUAAGGCAGGUCCCAGCAGGCUUAGAUGACCCAGGCCAACCCAGAGCACUUGGAUUCAGGCAUUUUCCUUUAUCAGUCACGGAUUUACAUAAUUAUAAAGCUAAAAUGCCGUCUUAUCAAGAUGAUCCUAAAGAAAUGGAGAAUCUGUUUACAUUCAUUUUUGCUUUUUAUCAUCCAAACUGGGCUGACAUACAGACUCUCAUGCUUAUCCUCCUUAGUCCAGAGGAACGCAGAAUGAUAUUAGAGAAGACCUAUGAGGAAGCUGAAAGGCUCCAUGAAUUACAACCAAAUAAUCCAAUCAGAACUCCAGCAGAGCAGGCCAUCCCUAGAUCUGAGCCAGGAUGGGAUCCCAAUGACCCAGGGGAUCAAGCAAGGCUAAAUCACUAUAAAGAAUGUUUAAUAGCUGGACUUCAAAAGGGGGCAAAGGACUUCAAGAGGGUCCAGAAUGUAUGGCAAAGGCCUGAGGAGAGCCCAUUCAUAUUCCUUGAGAGGCUUUUUGAGGCUUUCCGAAAAUAUACUGAUAUUGAUCCGGAACACCCGGAUAACAUGGGACUGGUCAAUAUAAUCUUUAUCAGUCAGAGCACCCCAGAUAUAAAAAAAAAACUACAAGGACUGGAAGGGGGAUCGUGGAUGCCAAUGUCUCAGUUGGUCCAGAUUGCUUUUGAAGUGUUCCAGUCCCGAGGUGAAAUUUGGAAAAAGCAAGAGCAACGCAUCAUGAGGCAAAUUGCUCUGCUCAGCUGUGACCAUUCAAGACCCAGCAGGAUGUCUGCAGGAGAGGACAAACGACCACCGGUAAGGCCCUGGGGACCUCCAAAACCUGGCCGAAAAGGCCAUCCAUCUGUUGGGCCACAACAAUGUGCCUUUUGUAGACAGAAAGGACACUGGAAACGGGAGUGUCCCAAGAACAGACAGGGCCCCCUCUCCCCCAAGACAGCAUCCAUCACUGGUAUAUCUCGGGAAGCCUCUCGUAAACCUUUUCUACGACCGCUUGAAUGUCACAUAGAGAAAACUUGCGUGAAGUACAGCUUUACAUAUGGGCAUGAAUGUCCUAGUUCCUCGUCAGGGCAAGUUCUACCAACAAAUUUCUCAGCAGAAAAAGUAGAUACUAAAGUAUUCCCAGGUCGAGACUGCACCCUCCAAGCCACGCCAUUAAAAUUGGGAGACAGGCCUCAACCAGAUUUCCCUGAAGAAAUUCUGCAGAAGGUAAGAGCAGAUGUUUGGGCUGAUGGGGCGCCAGGAAGAGCCAAGACGGCUGACCCAGUAGUAGUAAAACUCCGUCCAGGUGCCCAGGCUCCAAAGUUAAAGCAGUACCCUUUAAAGAGGCACAUGAAGAAAGGUAUAAAGCCUCUGAUAACUACCUUUCUUAAACACCAAUUAAUCCGACCUUGUCAGUCCCCAUAUAACACUCCCAUCCGACUGGUACAAGAACCUAGGACUGGAGGUGAUCGUUUUGUGCAGGAUUUGAGAGCCAUUAAUCAAAUUGUAGAGGACGUACAUUCAGUGAUGCCAAAUCCUUAUACUUUGCUUACAGCUUUAUCAGGAGACUUUUGCUGGUUUACAGUUCUGAACAUAAAAGAUGGCUUUUACUGCAUACCCCUAAGUCCUGAGUCCCAGAAACUCUUUGCCUUUGAAUGGGAUGAUCCAGAAACUAAUAUAAAACAGCAAUAUUGCUGGACGGUACUUCCACAAGGAUUUAAAAAUGCCUCUAGCAUCUUUGUGGAGGCCUUAGCCAAGGACUUAAAGGAUCUCCAAUUAAGUGAAGGACUCUUACUCCAGUAUGUGGCUGAUAUACUAAUUGCUAGUAAAACUAAGGAAGCUUCAGAUCAAAAUACAAUCCUCACUUUAAACUUUUUGGCAGAUCGGGGAUAUAAAGUCUCCAGGGGAAAGGCACAAAUUUCCCAACUAACUGUGAAAUAUCUAGGAUUUGAGUUAUCACAAGGACAAAGAAACUUACUGCCGGAUCGAAGGAAAGCAAUAGCUGGGGAGGCUGUACCUGCCAACAGAAAGCAAUUGAGAAGAUUCUUAGGAAUGGCUGAGUUUUGUCGUAUUUGGAUUCCAAACUUUGGACUCAUAGCAAAACCUCUAUAUGAGGCUCUCAAAAGAGGUGACAAGCCAUUAAGCGGGGCUGCGGAAUGCCAUAAGUCAUUCAAUGCCAUCAAGGAGAAAAUUUUAACAGCCCCAGCCCUUGGUCUCCCAGACAUUAGAAAAUCAUUUGAUCUUUUUGUGCAUGAAAGACAAGGCAUGAGUCUUGGAGUGCUAACUCAAAAUUUAGAUACCACCAGAAGGCCAGUAGCUUACUUUUCCAAACAAUUGGAUGUUGGAACUCAAGAAUGGCCAGAUUGUCUCCGGGCUGUGGCCGCCACCUGUGAUCUUUUACAACAAGCUGAAAAGUUUACCCUGGGCCGUCCUACCACUGUGCACACCCCACAUCAUGUGCAACCUUUACUUGAACAAAAGGGCAGACACUGGCUUACUUUGAGGAGGCUGAACAAAUACUGGGCCAUACUAUUUGACAACCCAAAUGUAACAUUAAAGGAGGUAUCUGCUUUAAACCCAGCCACUCUGCUCCCCAGUACAACAGAAGAACCUGUUCAUGAUUGUGUACAAAUAAUUGAAGAAGUUUAUUCUAGCAGACCUGACCUGACUGAUCAGCCUUUAGAAAAUCCAGACAUGGAAAUGUUUACACACGGGAGCAGCUUCAUGGAUCAUGGAAUCCGAAAAGCUGGAUAUGCAGUGGUAACUCAUGAGGAAGUCCUAGAAGCAGAAACCCUCCCUCCAGGUGUGUCUGCCCAGAAGGCAGAGCUCAUAGCCCUCAGGAGAGCCCUGCAUCUUGGAGCUAAGAAAAAGGUAACCAUUUAUACAGAUUCGAAGUAUGCCUUCUCUGUCAUGCAUGCACAUGGGGCCAUGUGGAAAGAGAGAGGUCUACUAACAUCAGGAAGGAAAAAAAUUAAACACGCAGAGGAGAUACUGGCCUUAUUAAACUCUGUUAUGAUGCCAGAAGAAGUAGCCAUAGUACAUUGCUCAUGCCGAAACACUGAUAGUUGUAUAGCAAAAGGAAGUAAUUUGGCUGAACAGGCCGCAAAACAAGUGGCCAGAACCAAAAAACCUACUACUCAUUCCAAGUGUAGGCCUAUCCCUGUUUAAGCCUCAGUAUUCAGAAAUGGAUCUAGAGAGAGCAGACAAACGGGGAUUUCAUGCUGACUCUUGAGCCUUAGAUAGUGAUCAGUACCAAACAACCAAAGAAGGCUGGAUAUGUAAUGAACAGGGACUAGUGCUUAUGUCCAAGUAUUUAAUGGAAAGAAUUAUUACUCAUCUACAUGAAGGAAACCAUUAUGGGAAGGAUGCAACUUAUCAUUGGCUACAAAAGUUUAUUAUUAAUCCAUAAAUGCAAAGGACCAUCCAAAAAGUAAUAAAAAUUGCCUGAUUUACACCAGAAACAAUCCUAAAACCAGGCCACCUCCAAUAAUAAAAGGGGUGAGGGGGGAGGUUAUAGCUCAGUGGCAGAGUGCAUGUCUAGCAUGCAUGAGGUCCUGGGUUCAAUUCCCAGUACCUCCAUUAAAAAAAUAAACCUAAUUACCUCCCCCCAUAAAAAAAACAAAAUAAUAAAAGGGGUGCAAACUCGAGGAACAACCAGGAGAUGAUUGGCAAAUAGACUUUACUGUUAUGCCAAGAGCCAUGGGACAUUAUAGAUAUUUGCUGGUAUUUGUGGACACCUUCACAGGAUGGGUUGAAGCUUUUCCAUGCCAGACAGAAAAAGUUUCCUAGGUAAAAAGGCCUUACUAAAAAGAAUAAUCCCUUGUUUUGGGUCGCCUCUUUCAAUUCAAAGUUACCAUGGAGGAGCUUUCAUAGCCAAAGUAACUCAAGGGUUAUCUGGGGCCCUCGGAAUACAAUGGAAGUUACAUACUUUGUGGAGACCUCAUGACUGAAGUGAUGAAUCCUACCUUGAAAAAGAUAAUCGCCAAAGUAUGUCAAGAAAGCAACUUAACCUGAGAGAAGGUCUUAACAGUUUUCCUGCUGAGGGUAAGAGUAGCCGCUAGAAGCAAGCUCCGGUUGAGCCCUUAUGAAAUGUCAUGUGGGAGACACUUCCUUAAGACUAAGUAUUACUGCAGUUUUGAAAAUGAUCACAAUGUAAAAGAAUUAAGUACUAUGAAGUGUGUACAGCCUCUCAGUGCUAUCUUAUCUUCUGUACAUAAGUAUGCUUCUAGCCAAUUAAUGUUUCCUGCAGAUGUUCCCCUGCACUGCGUAAGCCCAGGGGAUUGGGUCCACCUCAAAACUGGAAAAAUCACCACCCUGAGGAUCAACUGCAACCCAAGUGGAAUGGACCCUACAAAGGCCUUCUGGUUAUAAAACAUUCUUCAGUAAAGCUAAAGGGAGUUGAACCUUGAAUACACCACUCCUGAGUAAAAAUAGUACCCAUUUCUAGCCAGGACCCCCUUUGCAAUUCCCACACAGGGCGCACUCUCCACGGACAGGAGGAAGUAAGAGGACCCAACCCUCCUAACACCAGAGGGGCCUGGAAACCCACCACUGAAUUCUUGGCCCCUGAUUAUACUUUUGAACCCUUAAUAAGAGCAGUAAUUAGGCGGGCUUACUGACCCUGCCUGAUUAACAAGGGGAAGAAAGCUCCAGGCUGUUAAAAAAACAGGUUGUUUCUCUUAUCCCGCAGCUGGCUCCUUGGUUCCAAGGAUGUAGCUGUACAACAGGAUGUUUUUCUGUCCUGCAGCCGGCUCCUUGAUUCCAAGGCCAUAGCCAUACAAGAAGACAUUUUAUGUCCCGCAACUGCUGCAUCAGUCCCAAGGACAUAGCCCAGUAGCUCUGUUUUUGUUCUCUUUCCCACCGAAGUUUCUGUUUUAGAGCUGAGCUCCACAGGAGGAAAAAGCCAGUAACAGAAGAUGAUUGGCACCAACAGAAUGAAGAUAACAGUGGCAGAGCCUUCCAGUAAAAGACCCCAUGGCCCGAUCAGGGGCUGUAACUGCCUCGACCAGCUACGUGGCUGAUGACUCCCCACUUGUGUGUUUUCCUUUUUCCCUUCUGUCUCUGGGCAAUAAGGCAGCUCUUUUUCUCACUUUGUCCCUCUGCCUCUGCUGAGAAUUCUUUCUCAAUUGGCAGGCAAGGACCCGCAUGUUUGGGGGGGACUUGCCCACACGUUUGGUGGGCUUUUCAAUUUGGGGUUUCUCUAUAUGCUAACAAGUGGCACCCCAGUUGGGACAUCUUUUGUGACUGCUGCUCACUUAGGGUUGCCCACUGGACCUCAUGAACAGGACUGAACAAAGCAGCCACCUCUAGGACUUCUUUGUCCUCUUUGUUUCCUCCUGAUGCAAAUUGCUGAUCGGGGACACCCAACUAGGUAAGCUUCUGGCUGCUUUCUUGCUGUCUUCUUAGUCUUCUGUAUUUCUUGCAGGCACCUACAUCUCUCCCCCUACUCUCCUUUUCUCUCUCUCUUUCACUCCCCCUCCCCAUUUCUUCCUUUUUUCCUUUUCUGAAGGGAGAACUUCACCAGGACAGUGGUAGGCUAGCCCCGACCUCCCAGGGACUGUGAGGCCAUGGCCAAAGCUACUCUUUGAUCUGCUCUCAAAACCUGCGUUGUUGGAAGACUCCACCCCUGGCCAAACGAGGUCCUCCUGAAAACUAAUCUCAGGAGGCUCUUUGACUGAUUUGAAACUUGGGCCUGGGACCACCAAUUAAAAGCUGUUAGAGUGGUCACCACAAGUCUAGAAGUCUCCUGUGACAGGAUGAACUGGGGUGUGGUCUGGGUUAGCUUUUAGUCUUGUCAGUCAGGAAAAAAAAGACCAUACUCCUUCAGGCACGUGGUAAAAAGCAUCCAUAAGCCCCAAUUCCCCACGAAAAAAUCCCUGUAGGUUUUUCUGGGGAGAGCCUCCUACUUUUUACUUACGAUUCCCUUCUUACUUUUUACUGCCAGUUUCCUUCCUUUUCUCCCUCUUUCUCUCUUUCUUCUUUUCAGGGUCCUGGAUGCAGGACAUCAGGUGGAGAUCUCUGGUGAACCAAGGAACCAGGGGCUUGAUACCCCCCUGGCAGGCAGAGGACUCUCUUCUGUUCUGGUGGGCAGAGUUUGUGCCUCUCUCCAAAAGCACCUAGGGAAAAGUCCCAUGACACCUGGGCAUCUGGUGUGGCAACAGAUGUCUGUAAGGCCACAGCUUUCUUUUUCUUUUCCUCUCUUUCUUUCACACUUGCUUGCUCUUGCUCACCCUUCAAUUAACAUGCUCUGGUAGAUUUGGGUACUUACUGCCAUCCUCUUUCAACUUCUUGUUUUCAGACUGUUUUAAGAGUGCCAUUUUAGCUCUGCACCUCUACCUGAGAGGGAAUUCCAAGUCAAAGAACCUAGGGAAAAUUUCUAGGGAAGGACCUAGAGGGAAUUCUCAGGCAGGAAGGCCUGGAGGGAAUUUGGGAGUAAACUGGGUUGGCUGAUGUUUCUUUAGUGUGGCUUAAAAUUGGAAAUUUAAAUUUCAUUUUAGACUUGUACUUUAUAGUAAAAGAAAACUAAAAGAAAGCAGGAGGUUGUGCUUCUGAAGCCUGUCAGCUCCCAGAUAGGCAGCCACCUGCUGGAACUCCAGCUGGCUUCCACAAUUGACAGGGAGCCAAUACUUGGAAGUAUUAUCUAACCCUAAAAUGGCCAAAAUGAGACUUUUUUUGACAUUCCAAGACUGAUUUUUUACAUACGCUAUUAAAUACAGCUGGCCUGAUAGAAACAUUUUUUUCAGAAUUCUGACCCUGAGAGAACAAAAAUAUUCCUGGAGAAAACUUGAAGUUAACUCAUAUCAUGUCCUUGAAAUACAAACAUGGCCUGCUCUGCUUGAGACUUUGGCCUUGGGUUAAUUAGUAGAACUUCAAACCAAAGGGGACAAACGUAGAAAAGGGCCUUUUUAAAAACUCAAGCAGGAAAACAAUGAAAUCUCUGCGUCUAUCUAGAUAUCGUAUAUACGUCUGUGUACACAUUAUACAUGUGAGAUGUCUCUACCUCUAGAAAGUAUUAUCAAAAUUAAAUUUAUAAAAGAGCCCUAUUUGAUUAACUUAAGAGCUUACAAACAACAUUUCCAAGAGAAGCCAGACAAAAUAACUCUCAGGUUCACAUGAACUGGGAAAUAGUCAAAAUUAAGUUAAUACCUGGUAUUAAAAUUAGUUUAAGUUCAUUGACCUAAUUAAUAUAGACAUGACUUUAGAGUUACCAACAUUAAGUGUAAUACUUUUAUUGUACCUAGGUUUAAUAAAAUCAAAUAAGAUCUUGUUAUAUCUGCUGCAAAUUUGUCAAGAAAAAUAACUUGGUCUGAUGAAAUUCUUGUAAGUAAACUAAAUACAAAUAAGACAAGAGCUUUUGGGUGAACUCUUAAAAAUAAUUAUGUUUUAAAAAUGUCUACUUAAAAAUGAUCUCUCCAGAUAUUUGGUAACUUGAAGGUUUAGAGUCAUGCUAAAUUAAUUAAGUUAAAUGAUAGAAGUUUAUUGAAUAACAAGAUCAUCUCCAAAUAAAAUACUAAAACAUUAAUUACUAAACAUUGGCUUCUCUUUAUAGAAAAUUUAAAGUUAUUUAGGACUAUUGAUAAAUAUGUUUGGUGCCACACUGAAAUAUUCUGUAUUAAAAAACACAUGUUUUUAGAAGCUAUUGGUAUUUAUGUUUGCCAAUCUACAGAAUGCUAAUGUAAAAGACAGUCCAUAAUUGUUUACUUCUUAGUUUUCACUGGAAAUUAAGGGGUUUUUUUAAAGGUUAAAAUUAUAUAUAAUUAAAGCUACUAAAAUAAUAAGGGAAAUACUUCAGUAUACCAGGAAAAUAAGAUGUGUGUUUUCAGUAAAAGAAGAUAAAAGGAAUGGAGUUGCAUGUUAUUAAGAAAAAAAAGUAGUUUUGUCCUAAAGCUGGUUGUUUCUAGAAAAGAAAAAAAUAAGGGACAAAAAUAAUAUUGAUACAGAAAGUGAUGUGAAAAAUUUGUGAAAAAGGAACCCAGAGGGAAGUUAGGACUGUCUAAAUUUAGGUUGAAUUUGGUUAAGUAAAUGAGUCUUGUUAUUAAAAGUGAAUUAAUACAAGAGUAGAUUUGGUUUUUCCUCUUUGUUAAGAGGACAGUUUUCUUGAAAUGUUAAUCUGCUUUUGGUAACAGAUUGUAAAGUUUCUUUGCAUAUUGGGUAAUCUGUUCUAUGUUUGCCUUUAAAAUCUUUUAUUGUUAUUUUGGUUUGAUAAAUACGUAUUGUUUCACAGUGACUAUGAUCUUAAAUGAUCAGAUGUUUUGAAACUUUCUGACAAGCUUCCCAAGCUUCCCAAAUAUCAAAUUUUAAUUGAAGUUCUGUUGACCUCCAGGUAACUUUGGGAUGCUUUGGAGGGCCUCUGAAGCAUCCCAAAGAGAGAUUUUAAACUAAUUAGGUUCAUUUGGCAUGUUAGUUACAUGGGAAGUAUCAUUUACAUUAUCAAGUAAAUAGUAAAUCUUCUUAGGUCAUAUUGUACAGAAGAAUGUUAUUAAUAUAGAUACUCUAAAAUGUGUAUGGAGUUCCUAAAGAUCUGGUAUGUCUUGAUGCAAUGCUAUCUGUCGUACUUUCAGUUAUUAUCUUAAAAUGUAGUGUGUCACAGCAGUAACCAAGUUUGUCAAUUACAUUGUAAUCAGGUUUUUAACUGUGCCUUCUUAAGUCUUGUCAUUGAUAGACAGUUAUGGUUUUACUCUGAUGCCUUUGCAAAAUGCCUCCUCAUCAAGAAAAUUCAUAGCAAGGACUUUUUGAUAAAUACAAGUUUCCUAAUAACUUUUAGACCAUAACUCUGAACUAGGUAAGAAAUUUAAAAAUUCUAAUGGAAAACCUGGUGGCUUCAUGAAACUGUUAACAGAGAAGGUUAAUUACAUGGUAUUAAGUAAACCAAUAAAUGUGGUUAUAAUUUUUCAGUUCUGUAAAAUAUUACUGGCUUUUAAUCUGUAUUUAUAUAUAAGGAAAUUCUCCUUAAGCUAAUUAUGAUGUAUAGCAACUUAGUAAGUUAUACCUUUUAAGCAAAAUUGAAACAGUUAUCUUUUCUCUCUACCUGAUCCCUCCAGAGAUUAGAAACUCUUAGACUCCCAGCAUCUUUCUCAGGUAAAUUGGGAAGGCUGCCUCCUAACUGUAAGCCCCCAACUGUGGGAACGAAGGAAUGAGCCUUGGGCUGGAAUGGUAAACAAGUUGUAGAAAGCUGCAGACUCAGAGGUGAGAAGGCUGGUUAGCCAAUGACGGGUAAGAUCCCCAGAGGGGGGCAACCUAAGACAGGCACAGCCGCCUGAGUCCAAGAAGAAUGUUUGAAGCAGCCAUUUCUCAUACAUUCCGCCCUGAUAAGCUGUAAGGCUUACUGGUGCCAACACGAACAUGAUACACCAAAACAUAAAGAGUCUUCUGACCUUAGGUCAGACACUGCCUAUUAAUCAUUUCCCUUGUCACUCUUCUUUGCUAUAUAAGACUGUGCAACUUAAUAAAGCUUCAGAGUAGCCAUCAGCUCUCUCUGCAUACGGUGUGUAUGUGUACGUGGUAUCGCAAAACUGACACUAACAAGAGCAAAAACCUCAAGGUAUUUUGAGGACCUCAAAAAGGGUAAAGUUUAACUAAAUCUGUAAGGCAAAUUUAUGACAAGCACUUGAUGUGGCUUUCCUGGCCCUGGGAUGCCUUUUAAAAUUUCAGUCUGAGACUCCUUGUGAAAAGUUCUGGCACAGACAACUUAAAAAAGCCUAUGUGAUCAAUUAAUCAGACUUAAUUUGCAGGCAAAUCAGUCUUGAUUCAACUAUACUUGAUUUAAAAUGAGGGUAAUUAUAGAGAGAAAGAUUAUGUUUCAGUAGAUAUUAUAGUUUUCUUAUUUGAGGUCUGUAUUUCCUAAGACUCACUUCCCAGGUGGUUCCUUGCUGUUAUGUUAUAUUGUUGCAAAGUUUAAUUGAAUUGUUAAAAAGACACUCUAAGUUUGUUUCUGAAGCUCAGUAAUCUAUUUUUGGAUGAAGAUUAAAUGCCCUAUGGCCUGCAACUAUGAGAUUAUGCAUACUAGAAAAGCCAUAACUUAAGGACUGUCUCCAACCUAGAUGAAAGGACCCUUAUCAGGUACUCUUGACUAGCUCCUAAACAGUGAAACUGAAGGAAAUUGACUCCUAGAUGAAUAUUUCCACUUACAAAGGGCCUUUGCACUGGACUGGCCUAUGGAGAGGAUUGGUGACCCAAAUCACCUUAAAACAGUGCUCAAGCAGAGAAGAAACUACCAGACCAAGAUGAAAGGAAAUUAGGGGUAAAAAGCUGAUGCAAGAUUCUGGACCAGGCCUUUGCUCACACCUUUGCUUAUGAACUAAAUGUAUCUUACAAUCUUAUGCAGAGUUAAAGUUAAUUCAGUUGUUAGGUUUAUGGUCAAUUACCUAUAUUCAGUACUUCUGGGUUACCUUUGUGGACUUCUCCAUUCCAAAGCUCUAAUUGGAUGGCCCUUAAUUUUUUUUUUUUUUAAUUCUAGAAGAAAGAAAUUAUAGUUCUGUUCAGGCCACUAUUGAUAUUACUAGGUGGGAUCCCUUCACCUGGCCAAUUAAUAGUAACCUGCUCUGACCUUGGCCAUAAAUAUGAAUUUUCUUCUGAAGUUUACUCAAACUCAAUCAGAGCAACAAGCAAAAUUUCAGCCAAAGAGUAUAGCCUCCCACAAUUGUGGGAUAAAUUUAUAUGAUUAACACUAGGUCAUGGUCAUUUAAAUGAAAAGUCUCCCUUAUGUUGAGGACAAUUAAACCAUACUAGGGAUAACUAGCCUAAUAAAUUAGAAAGUUGGGCUGGGUGCCUUAUGGACAAUGCCAGUAUGUACCGUCCCUUAAAGGUAAAGAUUGGUACAAAACAGACUAAAGCAGAUGACCUGGGAAUAUACUGGGCUAUACCUAAUAAAAGUUCUUAAAUUCUUACUUAUGACCUUACUUUACUGCUAGUUAUAUUAUUUGUAUAUUGCCUGUUUUACAAGAUUGCUGUUUCUUACAUUACCAGUUGUGUGACUGAGCCACUGAUAAAAUGAUGACUAGGCAGCCGGAAGCAGUUAACCAGAUUUGUAGUUCUGUAAGAGACCAGUGAUUGUAAUAGUGUAACCCUAGAUAUGGGAAGAAGCAACAAGAGGGAAUAUUUUCCUGGACCAUAACAGACUGGUAAGACAGGUGGUCCAGAGGCUUUUUACUACUAUUAAUAAGGCCUAUUCCAAUAAUAGCACUUUGAGUGGCCUGUCAACAAAAUCCUCGCCUGACCUAGGAAUAAGCAUUCCUAGCACCGUGGGACGAAAUGAUCAUGAAAUGCCUCCUAAACCAUGGUUGAAUUUAUGACCAUGAGGGACCCUGCCAGUUAAAAAUUGGCACUUGCCAUCUGCCUGUACAAGGAUUCAGUCGCUAACCUUCAGCACACUCUGAAAGGAAUUCAGGGUGAAGAUCGGAAAUAAGGCACUCAGUGCUCUGGAAAAGAACUAGCAGAAUAGGUCUUAAGAUAGUUAGGUAUUUUCAGGAGAAGAUUUUAUGAGCCCAAUUCUUGCAUCUCCCCAUACCUAGAAAAACACUAAAAUUGUUGAUGGUGCCAUCUGCUUUGGCCAUUAAGGAGAGAAAUACAUUUGAAAGUCAAAAUAAAAUAACUGUAGUUCAGGCAGCUAAGGUAAAACUGGGUGGCCGUUAUAGACAUAAUUUCAGAGAAGCUUUUGUAUUGCUGAGAACUUAAAUUUUUCUGAGCUGUGUCAGACCCAGGGACACCUCUAGUCACUCUCAAAGCAACUGCAGCCUUGUGGUUGCAAGGUCUCCUUAGAUCUCUUCACCCCAAGCCAGGGAGGAACCUAUGCCAGAUACAAAAAGAGAUCACAGGUCUAUUAGAACAGGCAAAAUCAUCAAAAAACAGGGUAAAGAACUCAGCUGGUUCCUUGGCUAUGCCCUUCCUAGACCCUACCCUAAUUAUCCUGUUGGCUCUACUUUUUGGAUGAUUUUUAAUUCAAAUAGUUUCCUGCUUCAUUUCAAGUUGUCUCCAGCAGUUUCAAAAUAAGGCUCUGCUACUACAUGACUGCAAGCCUAUCCCAGGGUCAGAUUGUCUAGAUUUAGAGAAGGUAGAGAGAGACUUCUACUCAAUCAGACAAGCCAUCGCCCCUUUUCAGCAGGAAGUAGCUACAGAAGAUAGAGACCUCCGUCCAUUUCCCCAGGAAGAUUCUUGAGUAUGAAGUCUCUCAGGGGGAAUUGAGAGGUAACUAGAUAGGCUUACUGACCCUGGCUGAUUAGCAACAAGGGAGAGAAAGUGCCAGGCUGUUAAAAAAACAAAACGAAACAAAAAACCCAGGUUGUUUCUCUUAUCCUGCAGCCGGCUCCUUGAUUCCAAGGCCAUGGCCAUACAAGAAGACAUUUUAUGUCCCACAACUGCUGCAUCAGUCCCAAGGACAUAGCCUAGUAGCUCUUUUUUUGUUCUUUUUCCCGCCGAAGUUUCUGUUUUAGGGCUGAGCUCCACAGGAGGAAAAAGCCAGUAACAGAAGAUGAUUGGCACCAACAGAAUGAAGAUAACAGUGGCAGAGCCUUCCAGUAAAAGACCCCGUGGCCCGAUCAGGGGCUGGAACUGCCUCAACCAGCUACCUGGCUGAUGACUCCCUACGUGUGUGUUUUCCUUUUUCCCUUCUGUCUCUGGGCAAUAAGGCAGCUCUUCUUCUCACUUUGUCCCUCUGCCUCUACUGAGAAUUCUUUCUCAAUCGGCAGGCAAGGACCUGCAUGUUUGAGGGGGACUUGCUCACCCAUUUUGUGGAUUUUCCAGUUUGGGGCCCCUCUAUCUGCUAACAUUAACUGACCUUAAUUUACUUUUCAAAUAGAAACAGGACAGCUAAGACUCCACCUGUCCAGGAAGAGAAGACAAAGACAUUUCAAAAAUAGAUGACUUCCACCCAGAAGUCUGAAACAGGCCUAUAUAAAUCCAAAUUCAAUCACUAAAAAAUGUUAAAAGUAACAUAUUUUCAUGGAUUCCCAAGGAAUAAGGUCUGUUUUUAGAGGACUGUUAAAAUUAAGAAUCUUAGUUCUCUGUAUCUUAGGGUUAAUCCUUUUACUCACCAAUUUUUUUUUACUUACUAUUUGUUUUGUAUAUUUAAAAAGGCCUCCCCCACUCACAUGAUGGUUGCCCAGGACUUAAGAGUUCAAGGUGGGAUUUGGGAAUCUUUACAAUCAAGUGCAAAUACAGUUUCAUUCCUCUUGUAAAAAUCCAUGCCCCUAAUCAACAGGAAGCAGCUAGAGUGGUUGCUGCCUAUUUCCCUCAAAAUUAAGGCAUGUACAAAGAAAAAGGGGGGAAUUGAAACAGCACAUAAAACAUUGACCUGCUUAAACUAGUUUUGCCUCCUUAACUGGGUUGUUAAUUAAUCAAACCUUGAGUUAUUUUACAGAGACAGCACUGCACGUGUGCAAGACAGGAACCCUUGUCUCCAGGAUGACUCGGGAACCAAGAAUCUUCAGUCUAGGGAAUUCAAACCAUAGAAGUGUUGCCACUGGAGCCCUUUACUAAGCAAGAAGUCCUUCAGUAAGGAAAAUCCAGCUUCCAGCUGCCCGAGUAGCUUGAUUCCAAUCAACUUCUGACCUUCAAGACUAGCCAAUCAGCUUCUGCCAAGUUUGAAAUUGCCCCUAAUCCCUUAAAAUGUGCCCUGAACACUGGAUGGGGAGACAGAUUUGAGCCCUGCCUCCUGUUUCUGAUGGUGUACCUCACAAUAAAGCUCUUUUUUUUUCCCUCAAAAA